ACCGCUCGCAGCCGGAGCUAUGACCUUAACCAAAGAGAGCUUCCACGGGGCGCUCCUGCCCACCUCUGGGGUGGCCAAGGCCGACAUGGAUGGCUCCACAGAGAAGGAGGAAGCUCCGAGGCAGUCCGUGAUGAGGACUGGAGCAGCGGUGCCAAGGAGGCGCGCGGUGGGAAGGCUGGUCAUGCACAGCAUGGCCAUGUUCGGCCGGGAGUUCUGCUAUGCCGUGGAGGCCGCCUUUGUCACGCCGGUGCUGCUCAGUGUAGGGCUGCCCAAGAACCUCUACAGCCUCGUGUGGCUCAUCAGCCCUAUCCUGGGCUUCGUGCUGCAGCCCGUGGUAGGUUCAGCCAGUGAUCACUGCACCUGUAGCUGGGGCAGGAGGCGACCUUACAUUCUGGGUCUGGGCAUCAUAAUGCUGUUAGGCAUGGCUUUGUACCUCAAUGGGGACGUGAUGAUCUCAGCUUUCAUCGAUGAGAGAGACAAGCAGCGGACGUGGGCAAUAGUCAUUACCAUGCUGGGAGUAGUACUUUUUGAUUUUGCAGCUGAUUUUAUUGAUGGUCCCAUCAAAGCAUAUUUAUUUGAUGUCUGCUCUCAUCAGGAUAAAGAGAAGGGUCUGCAUUACCACGCCCUCUUUACAGGUUUGGGAGGAGCCCUGGGCUACCUUACAGGUGCUAUGGAUUGGGGUCAAACUAUACUAGGAUAUACCUUGGCAUCAGAAUUCCAAGUGAUUUUCUUCUUCUCAGCCUUGGUUUUCAUAAUCUGCCUUACCAUACAUCUGUGCAGUAUUCCUGAAGUCCCACUCAGACAUGAAAACGAAGAGGCAAAGUUCUUGUUGGAAGUGACUGAACCCCAUAAAUACAACUCCAUAGAGGAGGAAAUAAGGAAUGGUCACUUAAAAUCAUCAUGUACCGAAACAAAGGCUGCAGCCCAGCCAGGGAAAUGCGCGGCUGCGUCACGCACAGAGGAAAAGAGGCAGAUGACCCUUAAAUCCCUCUUGAAGACACUUUUAAGCAUGCCAUCCCACUAUCGCUGUCUGUGUGUGAGCCACCUCUUUGGAUGGAUGGCUUUCCUGUCCAACAUGCUUUUCUUCACGGAUUUCAUGGGACAGGUUGUGUACCAUGGAAAUCCCUAUGCACCUCACAACUCCACACUUUACCUUACCUACAAAGCAGGGGUAGAGAUGGGAUGCUGGGGACUGUGCAUCAAUGCAAUUUCUUCAUCAGUCUAUUCUUACUUGCAGAAAGUCCUUCUGCCAUACAUAGGAUUAAAGGGACUUUACUUCAUUGGAUACCUACUUUUUGGACUGGGUACUGGAUUAAUUGGCUUGUUUCCCAAUGUCUAUUCCACUCUGGCUCUUUGCUCACUCUUUGGAGUCAUGUCCAGCACACUGUACACGGUGCCAUUCCACCUCAUUGCAGAGUACCACAGGGAAGAAGAGAGCCUGAAGCUGCAGGAAGGGGAACAAGCAGGGGAGAACGGGCGAGGGAAGGGCAUUGACUGUGCUGCCCUGACCUGCAUGGUGCAGCUGGCCCAGAUCAUUCUCGGCGUGGGCCUGGGGCUCCUGGUGAGCGUGGCCGGCAGCGCCGUCACCGUGAUUUCGGCAUCCACGGUGGCACUGAUCGGCUGCUGCUUCGUGGCUUUCUGCAUUCGGUACGUGGACUAGGACUGCAAGAAGCAGUUGGAAGGGAUCUCCCCAGGGGAGCGUUUUCUUUCUGGGUCAGUAGCACCGGUGCUGUUGCUGUGCUGAUGCUGCUGACACAUCAUCCUCUCUUACCUCCUUGGAUCGGUUGCAAUUCCAGAGCUUUAUGAAAUGGAGAUUGAUGACUUGAUAAAACUGGUUGUCUUAUGCCUCAGACACACACACACACACACGCACACACACACACACACACACACACACACACACAGAGUGUGUUCACAUGCUGUGACAUGUGAUGGUGUGUGUGGCCACGGUAUUUUGAUACCCUACACCAGGAGUCAUUAUGAAAGUCCUCAUUACCAAUUUGUGAAAGUUAGCGGAUGAAGAAUGUGAUAAACUGAGGUAAUGUAAAAGGACAGAGUUAGGAUGAAAGUUCUUAUUUAUCUUGUUCUUCAAGUGUCCUAAGCUGGGGGCUGUUCCCUCCAAUAGUCAAAAGCUGCAGGAGAUUCAAACAGAUGUCAGAGGUCAUGCAGGGUGCAGUUCUGUUAUGAUUAGUGGUACUACUAAAUUGGAUCAGCUCAUUACCAGCUACUGUAUAGAGCAGAUUUGAGUGUGAAAAAUUACUGGAAUAUAUAAAAGAUUGAAGCCUAUUAUUUAAAAGCAUUACUGUAAAGCAAUUAUUUUGUACUGGAUCCUGCUGCUUCUGCAUGAAUGAAGUGAAAGUACUGGCUGAGCUUGUCAGGAAAGUCUACCCAAAGGUGCUUUGCAAAUCCAUGUGUAGGUACCUAAAACUCUGCCUAUGGGAAACAGCUGCCAUUUCUUCCUUCAUUAAAAAGUAGCCUCUCAGUUCUGAUGCUGUAAUUGAAAUAAUAAACUUGGCCAAUGUAAGAAUUUGACAGCUGGUUCACCACAUAAAUCUUGACAUUGGAUAUGACAGCAUUUAUCUUAAAGUAGCAUUUAUCUUUUCUCUGUUUUCCUUCAUGCUUUGCCUGAAAUGGCAUUUGCUCUCUGCAGAAUAUUGUAGAUAAAUUUAGUUCUGCAAAGCACUAUCAGGAAUUAUUGUACAGUAAAUACAUAAGCCCAGUUAUUUGUAUUUAAUUGCAUAUGAAGCUUCUUUCUUAUUUUUAUAAUACUGUCACAGUUUUGAAAACCUGUUUGUAAAAGCAAUAUAUUGUAUUUAUGCUGUGCUUCCUCUGUCCUGAAAACUGUCAUAUCUAUCCACUAUGUUAUAAGUUAAGCCACCUGAAGCCAUCUGCUAAUGCAAUAUUGUUAAUGAACAUGGAGAGACUAUGGGCAAGUAUGGUGUUUAUGGUUGGUUUUGUUCUUAAUGCUGCACAUGUAUCAUCAACACUGUUCAGAGAAAUGCAGUGUUGAGCUUAUCAGCUCUUAGAAGCUCUGCAAGACACGAACUGACAACACCAACAAUAAAAGGUUACAUUUGAGCAUCGAGUGUCCCUGCAGAGAUGCAUCAGCUUCAUCCUUUUUCUAUGUUUUCAAGAGUGAGUCACAUAUUCUCAGGAAAACCAAUUUUCCCUUAGGUAAAUUCUUAUUAAUUUCAACAAGCCCGUGGGAGCCUCAGAUACCUUUGCUUGAUGAUGACUGUCUCCACUGCAGGCUCCAAAAGGGGCUCAGUGCCUGGCAAACCUCACCACAGCAUCUGCAUCCUGCCUUUCGAAUAAGCCAUGUUUCAUGGGUUUUUUUUGCUUUGUGGCUCUUCAUUUCACACCCAUGAAAGUGAAAGCCUGGGAAGACAGCCCCUGGACUGUGUUUGAAACAGUUUACAGGUGCAGAGACAGCGGGAGCACAAGGGCCUUAACAGGCACAAAGAGGAGGAAGACAGAAAAUGAAGGAUUGUUGUCUUCCCAAUUAGCUUUAUGCCAUCAUUAACUCACUAACUUCCAUUAACUCCGUAUCUCCUGGGAGGACAAAUUUUCAAGGGAAGGGCAAGGCGUCUAUGGAGCCAUAAAAACAGAUAAAGGAGGAAGUGAUCUGGUUUCAUAGGACGGCACCACAUAAACUUGUGCACCAGGAGCUGAGGCCAUAAGGCUCUGAUUCCACUGUGAGGCUGUGAAAUGUUUACCUAUGUCUUUGUCAAUAUUUUCUUUGAGGUUUAACACCAUUAGAACAUUAAUAUUUAAAUGGUCAAUGUUAUCCCUGCUAUCUUACACAAAGAGGAUGCUGGCAUUGAUUCAGGCCCACAAAGGGACCACAGAUCUGGGGCAAUGCAAGAAAGGUUCUGAACCUGUAGAGAGAAGUGAGAAGAGCCCAUCAUGUAUAUCAGUGCUUCUAUUUAC